AUGGCCGUCAAGCCCAUCACUGGUAUGCUCCGUCGGGGCCUGGUCACUGACCUCUCCAUCGCUCUCGGUCUUGGAACCGUCAUGGGCAGCGCCUUCUGGUACGGCUACCACAUGCCCCGCACGCACGCCCGCGACAACUUCUACCAGCAGCUCGAGUCCGAGCGUGCCGCCAAGUCUGGUUAA